UGUGUGUGUGUGUGUGUGUGUGUGGUCCAAUCCAAUACCCGCUGGCCGGCAGCGAAAUUAUGGGAAAGUAUAAUUUGUAUCAGACUUGGGCUAUGCUGAUACAGCUUAUCUCAGUCCCGGGUAUUAGGUGGUGACAGCCCUCGCGCUGCUUCCAAUGACCCAUUUCAGAAUGGCAGAGAUCCUAGCGGCCCAAUUCCGAGGUCAUGGAGCAUUGUCUGGCCCCGCCUAAACAUAGAACAAGAACCAGACGGAUCCUCGAACUAUCUUUAAACUUCCAAUCCCAUCAGGCAAAACAGGGAUCAGCGCGUAUAUAAUGAUAAAUAAGUGGCAUUUGGGUAAAAACACUUUUUCUUCCUUUUCUCCCGCGCGAAACAACGACGCAGGUCAAACACGAUCGAAGCAGGCCUUGCCUCGCAAAGAGCAACGGCGAGACUCCAAAUUUACUUACCAAACUGUUCUUCUAAAAAUGCCUUCAAAACUGGAGAUAUUUUUUGUUAUUGGCCUGUUAUUGGUUGGAAGCCAAAACAACUUCGGAAUAACAUUUUUUGUUAUGGAAGAAUACCUCCAACUGUUAUUGGGAUGAUCGGAUUAGUUGUUAAAAUAACAAAAAAUAAUAACAAAGAUUUGUUCGAAGAAUAACUUAAAAUGUUAUUAGUCUGUUAUUACAAUAACAAUCCAAUAACAAAAAAAUCAUAACGGCGAAUAACAAAUCUUGUUAUAAAUAACAUAAAAUGUUAUUGGCCUAGUAUUUUCAAAUAACAAAAAAUGUUAUUCCCAAGUUAUUUCCGUCUGCUCGGGUAACUAACUUUUGAAACAUUUAAAAAUAUUUAUGGAGUCGGAGCCACCCAUUUUUUGAAAGCUGAAGUCGGAGUCGGAGUCAGAGUCGCUUGAAACAUGACCCGACUCCGCAGCCCUGAAUGAUAUGGACAAACUAAUGAUGCAAAAUGGCUUUUUGGGCAUACCGAAGGCACCAAAAAAGUUUCAGCCGGAUUAAAAAAUACAAAAAUUAAAAUUAAAGAAAAAAGACCGAUUCCGUAGAGAACUGCUCACAUGAAGAAGCUAUUCUCACUUCUUACUAGAAAUUCACCAACAUUGAGGUGCCCAGAAAAAAAAAUGACCCCCAUCUCCACAAGCGCAAAACGGUUAUUCGGGUUAUUUUAAGCAUCUGUACAAGUUUUGAGUGAAAUUGGUUGAGAUUAACCCAUUGAUACUCGAGCCUUAAGCUUUUUAUGACCCGCUAAUAGUUUUUCAGGGUCAAGUUCUACAGCUUUGGUAUGUUCUACAAAGGUUGUAGAGCAUCAAAUUUUGAAAAAAAAAAAACGUCCCAUAUUAUGGGCAUCUUAACCAACAUGCAUAUGGGACCGUUUUGGCGUACAUUGAAACUCAAAAAUCGAAAAAAAAUCCCGCAAAACCUGUUAUAGAACGACCUACUCAAGCAUAUAGAUUCGUUCAAAAUUGGUAUUCCUAAUUCAAAUCAGUCGAGUCAACAUCGUCGGUGACACAGGAAGUCGUUGGUUUUCUUCUAUUUCGAUUGGUUGAUUUGGCAAAAUGAGAACUUUUGGAGUAAUUUUCACUGUGUUGAAUUUGUUGGCGCUCGGCGAAUCUGUUUGGCAACCGUGCCCCCAAGAAACUGAGUUUAAAUGUGGUCUGCGACCCGUGGAGCACCCGCAAAAGAACAAUGAGCAAUAUGUUGGUCCAGCUUAUCCCGGCCAGUGGCCGUGGAUCGGAAUCGUCUAUCACCGGAAGCCGAAUCAAAUUGUGGAGUACGCUUGUGGUGGGACGUUGAUCAGCGAAAGACACGCCCUAACUUCUACACUUUGCGUCAAGAGUGAAAACGGCACCUUGUUAAACAGCGGAGAUGUCCUAUUUCGGAUCGGGACUCAUAAGAAAAACUUGUUGAAUGUGGGAUAUGCUCAGCAUCGGCAGGUUGUCAGAAUUCAUCAACCCGUGGAAUAUGACGAGGAAAGCGAAAAUAAAGUCGUCAUUUUAGAGUUGAGUUACAAAGUGAAAUUCAACAAAUAUGUGCAACCGGCCUGCUUUGUUCAAAUUCCAAUUGGUGGUCCUUCAAUCCAUAUAGUGACAGGUUGGGGAUUGCCAGAAGGAAAUGAUCUUUUGGGAAAUUACGAAACGAUAUUUCGAUGUGGUGAAAAUCAUAUUUAUAUCUCGAAUAACUAUAAAUAUAUGAAUCUUACUGAAGUUUGUGAUAAAGACCGCGGUGGCGUUGUUCAUGAUUCAAAUGAUUAUGGAUUUCCUGAUGUUUCUAAGUACCUAUAUGCAAUCAUUGAUUGUGUUAUUGCAUGCGAAAAGAACUAUUACGAUUUCCCUGGAAUUAUAUGGUUAUAUGGUUAUCUGCCUUGGAUUGCAACAAUAACUAAUCUCGAUUAUUUGCGAGUAGUUAGAAAAGGGCAAAGAUACGAUCCAUCUAAGCAAUACCCGAACCUUUUGCCACGACGUAACUGUGGAAAUGUUUUCAAUGGCAACACAGAGACUGGCCCAAAUGCUCAACUAUAUGAGUAUCCGUGGAUGGCCAUGAUUUUUGGCAGACGUUAUUUUAAUGGUUCUAUCUAUCACUUGUGCACAGGCACUCUCAUUAGCCACCGAUAUGUUCUAACUGCUGCUUUUUGUAUUCAUAUGGGUGAUCUCUUAUUUGUACGACUCGGAGAUUACGAUAAAAGUCAAAACCCAGAUUGUACUGGAAGUGAUAAAAUGGAUUGUGCUCCACCGUUUAAAGAUUAUGAUGUGGAGUAUACGACGGAACAUCCAGAUUUCAAUUUGAUAAAUGACAUAGCUUUAAUACGAACAAAAAAACCUGUUUUAUAUGAAGAUCAUAUCCAACCUGUUUGUUUGCCAGUAACUCCAUACCUUAGAAAGAAAAAGUUCAGGCAAUAUAUGUUCACUGGCUGGAACCAUGAAGAAUCUAACUUGAACGAAAACAAUGUUUUACAGAAAACAAUAGAAUCAACUGUUAACUUAACCGAGUGCGUAUCCGAAGAGCGAAUACUUAAGGAAACCAACCUUAUUGCGAUGAUAUGUACGAAAAAAUAUUACAAGUACAUUUACCCGGGGACACCACUUGGAAAUAUCGUUAAUCAUAAUGGAAAACGAUUUAUACAGUUCGCACUGUUCUCUAUCCUUGACUAUGGGCCAUACUAUUACACCUAUAUUCCUUAUUAUAUGGAUUGGAUCGUUGCUAACAUGGAGGAGUAAAAACAUAUGUUUUUACACUAAAAAUAAAUCCUUUUGCGUGAUGUAAGUUACACAAACUGAACAGAUUUGAUUAAACUGAUUGAUAAACAUGAACUUGCAAAUCGCGCAACCGUUGGAUUAUUUUUUUCAAUCCGAAAACCACAACCCGAGUAGACGGAAAUAACGUGUUAAUAACAUUUUUUGAUAUUUAAAAAUACUAGGCCAAUAACAUUUUCUGUUAUUUAUAACAAGAUUUGUUAUUCGUCGUUAUGAUUUUUGUUUUUGUUAUUGUAAUAACAGACUAAUAACAUUUUGAGUUAUUAUUCGAACAAAUCUUUGUUAUUAUUUUUUGUUAUUUUAACAACUAAACUAAUCCGAUCAUCCCAAUAACGGUUGGAGGUAUUCUUCCAUAACAAAAAAUGUUAUUCCAAAGUUUUUUUGGCUUUCAACCAAUAUCAGACCAAUAACAAAUUUUGUUAUGAUAACAUAAACUGUUAUUAAAACCUUAUGCAAAAAUGGAUUUUGCAAGAAUAUUCCAUAACAUUUUUUGUUAUUUUAACAGUAUUUGUUAUUGAAAUGGCAUGAAUUUUGUUAUUACCGUCUGCCCGGGAAGGAUUAUUUUUCCUAUAAAUAUCAACUUUUUAUACUUUGCCUUUAGUUAUUUAGGGACAAAAUUAGUGAUAGUGAAUUUAGUAAUUCUAUCAGAAUCAGUGAUUUUCAUUCAAGUAGCAUAAAAACCAUUCUGAUUUGUCAAAAUUUCCAUAGAGUCUCGAUCAAUCAAUAGAGCAAUUCUCUACAAAAUCGGUCUUUUUUCUUCAAUUUUAAUUUUUGUAUUUUUUAAUCCGACUGAAACUUUUUUGGUGCCUUCGGUAUGCCCAAAGAAGCCAUUUUGGAUCAUUAGUUUGUCCAUAUAAUUUUCCAUACAAAUUUGGCAGAUGUCCAUACAAAAAUGAUGUAUGAAAAUUCAAAAAUCUGUAUCUUUUGAAGGAAUUUUUUGAUCGAUUUGGUGUCUUCGGCAAAGUUGUAGGUAUGGAUACGGACUACACUGGAAAAAAAUGAUACACGGUAAAAAAAAUUUAGUGAUUUUUUUAUUUAACUUUUUAUCACUAAAACUUGAUUUGCAAAAAAACACAAUUUUUAAUUUUUUUUAUUUUUUGAUAUGUUUUAGAGGACAUAAAAUGCCAACUUUUCAGAAAUUUCCAGGUUGUGCAAAAAAUCAUUGACCGAGUUAUGAAUUUUUUAAUCAAUACAGUUUUUUUCAAAAAAUCGAAAUAUUGGUCGCAAAAAUUUUUCAACUUAAUUUUUCGAUGUAAAAUCAAAUUUGCAAUCAAAAAGUACUUUAGUGAAAUUUUGAUAAAGUGCACCGUUUUCAAGUUAAAUCCAUAUUUAGGUGACUUUUUUGAAAAUAGUCGCAGUUUUUCAUUUUUUAAAAUUAAUGCACAUGUUUGCACACCUUUGGAAAAAAUAUUUUUGAAAAGCUGAAAAUUCGUCGAUCGUCGAAAAUUCUCUAUAUUUUGCUUCUUCGGACUUUGUUGAUACGACCUUUAGUUGCUGAGAUAUUGCAAUGUAAAGGUUUAAAAACAGGAAAAUUGAUGUUUUCUAAGUCUCACCCAAAAAGUCCAUCAUUUUCUAAUGUCGAUAUCUCAGCAACUAAUGGUCCGAUUUUCAAUGUAAAAAUAUGAAACAUUUGUGAAAUUUUCCGAUCUUUUCGAAAACAAUAUUUUCAAAAUUUUCAAAUCAAGAUUAACAUUUCAAAAGGGCCAAACAUUCAAUAUUACGAAGUAAAUGUUGGCCCCGGACUAACCUAAAAAGGUUAGGUCGUUAGCUCAGUCCAGGUGUAGGAGUCGUCUCCCUGGGAUCUGCCUCGGUGGAAUCGCUGGUAGGCAGUUGGACUCAUAAUCCAAAGGUCGUCAGUUCGAAUCCCGGGGUAGAUGGAAGCUAAGGUGUAAAAAGAGGUUUGCAAUUGCCUCAACAAUCAAGCCUUCGAACACCUAGUUUCGAGUAGGAAUCUCGCAAUCGAGAACGCCAAGGCAAUGCUCUAGAGCGAAUAAUUUGAUUUUUUUUUUGAA